GACCCCCGCUGUCUGCUAAAGAAUGCGAUGUUCUUGGGUGCUGAUGUAACUCAUCCAUCGCCAGAUCAGCGUGAGAUCCCCAGUGUGGUGGGUGUUGCCGCCUCCCAUGAUCCAUUCGGGGCUUCAUAUAACAUGCAAUAUCGCUUGCAACGCUCUGCCUUGGAGGAGAUUGAGGACAUGGAGUCGGUAGCUCUUGAGCACUUGCGUGUCUAUCAUCAGUUCCGCAUAUCCUAUCCCGAGCACAUUAUCUAUUAUCGUGAUGGUGGCAGCGAUGGACAGUUUCCCAAGAUUAAGAAUGAAGAGUUGAGGGGGAUUUCUGCGGCCUGCUUCAAGGAAAUUUGAACUGUUACAUCCAGA